AUGGUCAGUGGGAGCCAGAUAGAAGACAGUGUGAACCAGGGGCAAGAAGCCCAUGGAGAUUUUCUGGAGGAGGUGCCAUUGGAACUGGCCUUGAAGGAUGAGGAGGGCUUCACCAAAUUCCUUCGCACACAGAAACUCACCCAGCAAUAUUUAAGGCAGCUGGCAACCAAGAAGCAGCAACAAGUUGGCAACAGGAACCAGAUAGAAGACGCUGCCGAGAAGCUCAAGGCUCAUGCAGAGUCAAGUAAAAUCUGGCUGACAGGGAAAUUCACUGAACUCAGAUUGCUACUUGAUGAAGAGGAAGUCCUGGCCAAGAAAUUCAUCGAUAAGAAUACCCAGCUUACCCUCCAGGCAUACGGGGAGCAAAUCAAGUCGUGUGAGGACCAAAUUGACGUCUUGAACAGUCUCUCCGACAGGGUCUGCAGUAUCAGCCAGGAGCCCGACCCUGUCCAGCUGUUGCAGGAGUUCAUGGCCACUGAGCGGGAGCUGAAGCAGCAGAUGCGCUUGGGGGAGCUGUGCCACCCUGUGCCCCAAUCCUUCGCGCCCAUCAAGACCUUCUUCAAGGGCCUCGUGGAAGCCAUGCAGAGUGUGGUACAGACGCCCCUAGAGGCUCACUUGAAGGACAACAUGAACUGCCAGCUCUCCAGCUUCUCUAGCACCAAGCCGGACUCCCUGUUGAAAAUCAGUCCUUCACCAGAGCGAUCACUCUUCUUGAAAUGUAAGACCCCCAGGGUGGAGAGGGUGGGGUGCAUUGGUGGGAGGGGCGGUGACAGAAAUGGAGUUCCCCCCUUUUUCCCUAAGAGACCCAACUUGGUUUUUUUAAUCAUUAUUAUUAUCGCCUUCUACAACGUGUCGGACGGCAUGAGCCACCUCCACACCUUCCGCGCCGCGUUCCAGGAGCCGCUCUACCCGGCCCUGCGGCUCUGGGAAGGGGCCAUCGGCAUCCCCCGGCUGCCCUAGGGCCCGAUGGGAGGGACCGCCCUUAGACUUCCCGGGACUCUGGUCACACCUGACCCAGACGUGCGUUGCCCGCCGCCUGCUCUCCAAGCACAGCCGCCAUCACCCCCACCGGUCACGCCUGCGCUGUCACAGGUGCUCUCCCAGGCCGGGUCCGGACGUGCCUUAAACUUCGGUCCUCUGCUGCUCUGCUGCUCGCUCAGCAGGCCUCCCCUUUUAGGCCGGGUUCCGGAAAGGACGCCCUCGCAGGUGAGCCGUGAGCAUCCUGACCAAUCACACUACACUAGCCUUAGACCUCCUCCCUGUACAGAAGCCAGAACUGGCUGACACAUAGUAGGUGCACAAUAAAUGCGCGAAUGCAGGAGAGGCACCCAGCCCUGACUCCCAUCUAACCAGUGCCCCUGGGCUCUGUCUCCUCUGCAUUCGGCGUCAUUCAGCUCAUCCGCGUUUCCUCCCCUCGGAGCAGCAUCAAGCGCCUCUUAAUAGCGCCCCGCCUGAACCCUCUCCCGUCCUCCACCCAUAACCAGAGUGAUCUGCCUAAAACCGCACUAGCCUCUCGGGACAAUGAAAAGGUUCCAAGGGCUCCAGGGGGGAAGAGCACGUCACCUCACCUUGGCAUGCAAGGUUUUUGUGGGCUGCCCCUGGGCUGCUUCUCAACUAGCUGCUGAGGCUCUUUUCAGAUACCCUCCCGUGGAACUGUCCCCUGGUGGGCCUCUGGGCCUUUGCAGCUCUCUUCCCCUGCCCCCAUGACAUUUAUAUAGGAAAGCCCGUCUUCUUUGCCUGUCUCGGUCUUCCCAGGGCUUAACUGCCCCCAAGGAAGUCUCCGAAAGCCACUAGAAUCUUAGCAUCAGGGCCACAAACCUGGGAGCUAUCUUUCUAACUAGAUUGGAAGCUUUCUAAGGGCAGCUGUGUCCUGCACUCUCCCCAUCCUGAAAAGUUCAGUAAGUCCCUGCCCUCCCAGCGUCACAGAGCAGCUGGGCUGGGAGAGCCUGGCAGAUCACUCAGCCUGACCUCACUGUACAUUUCGGGAGACAGGUCCUUACCUGAAAGUAAGUUGCUUAAAGUAGCCCACGGUGAUUAAGGGCGGCCCAGCACUCCCACCCCUAGGCAAGUUUCUAAUUUGCCCUUUGGCCCAGCCUUUAACCUGGGAGAUUAACUGCUUGUUCAUUCCUGGGGAUGUAGGGAAGGAUCAUCAGGUGGCAGUUACUAAGCAACCACUGGCAGUUUUCCCACUGUCUUCCAAUCAAAAGCAGAGCAUGAGUGGAGUUGGGCAGCCCAGACACAGUAUGCUUCUCAGAUCCAGGUGUUGCCAAGGAAACCCAUAGAGCCCCACUUUCCGGAAGUGACAUAAAUAGAGGCGGCCAAACCAGCAGGACCUCAGGGAGGCCUCCUUCCAGGGCCUGUGCCUCAGUUCUAAAGGUUCAGCAUCCUGAUUUGUCAAGUUCCCCAGACAGUUUUCAAGUUAUACCAUAUUAAAUUUAUCUUGUUAAGCUUGACAGGACAGUGGUAGGGUGAGGAAAACACAAAGCUGAAUCUCCCUCAUGGUUUAAACAAACUACGCGCAUUAAUUAGUUUGAACCAUAAAAUGAGAAUUUCCAAUAGUUUUUUUUACCUAAAAAUGGCACUUCAUAUGGAACAAUGUAAUACAAUGAGAAUACAAGACAGAAGGAACCUCAAAAGUGCCUUUAGUUCUAACCAAAUAAUUUAAAACUCUAACUUGAAUAGGUGUCUAAACACUAUGCUCCAGGAAUCCUGAGAAAGGGGAAUUUUACUGGGAAUGGCCCAAAACUGAACUCAGACAGAGGCAUUCCCGACAGCAAGAGGGGUACACUUGACUCUACAUCUCUUCAUCCCUGCAAAUCCAGACUGGUCCCACAGCCAACAGGGGCCGAGUAACAAUGGCCCUUGCUCUUUGUUGGGCACUGUUCUAAUGCUUUAUGGCUAUGAACUCAUUUGAUUCCCACAUCAUCCCUAGGACUUAGAAAGUUAUCCCAACUGAGACAAAAUCGAGACACAAGUCACACAGCUAAUGGAGCUAGGGUCUGUGCUUAUGUCCACAAGGCCAUACUGUUAGGGCAAACCUCGCUUUGGAUUAUCUCCCUUGGGCUCUUGAGAUGAGGUCUUAUACCCGGAGGGGGGAUUUGAGAGUAGCAGAGACUAUAAAGGUUGAAAAAUGGCUUUUAUCAAAUGCCUACUUUGUGCCAAGGCCUGCACCAGUUGGAAGACUGCAGUUAUGGUCCACAAUCAACUCUGACCUCAGGCUAGUCACUUUUUACUUCUCGGAGCAUCAUCUAUAAAAUGGGUGUAAAGAUCCUACCUACCAGUGCUGUGAGUCUCAAAUGAGCCAAGGAUAGGAACUAGCCUUAAAAACUUUACAGAGCUGUGCCAUGCCAGGAUGUGUGAGAUCCUGUUGUGUUUAGCACUGAGACAACUGCUACUCCACACUGCCAUCUCCACACUCCUUGCAUAUUAACAGGAGAGGACUGAGCUUCCUUGGGGUCCAUGUCUGCAAGGGUAUUGAUCACUCAGAUUUGUAGAAAUUUCUUAAUUGAUACAGCAAAUUGCUUGCAGAUAUGUGUAAAUGACAGCAAUUUUAUAAUAUAUAUGUUUACAUAAAAUAUAUUUGUCUCUUU